UCAUCCCUUCAGCUUCACCUUUUCUCCAGGUCUUUUUUUUGAAAUUCUUUUUUUUUUUUUUUUUCUUUCUUUCUGCUCUUCAGCCUGGUUUAAACUUCUUCUUCUUUUCUAUCCUCUCUUAAGACCUGCGUCGCUCCUCCAUCUCCCAUGCUUUAUCUAGCAGUCUCUCCUCCACUCCAAUCCCGUGUCCAGACUUCUUCACACCCUCUUCGUCGCCCCUCCUCUUCCUGGUCUGCCUCCCACCUCGGACCCUCCCUCCUUCUACCGUCUCCUACUCAGCCCUGAUCGUCGCUUUUCUUAUCCGUCAGCCAUGUCGCUCUGAGUCCGGCUUCGACACCAGGAAGUGCCGCUACAUGCUGGUUAGCUGCACGUGGGUUUUGGAAAGCCGUUCUUCAACACUACGAAUUGGGUUCAACACUCUUCGACAAAAGGGUCUGUGGCAGAAGGAUCUUUGAAUAGACACCGUGACGACGGAGAACUCUGCUCUGUCGUUGUAGUACAUGCCAGGUAGAUAGCGUGCAGUUUGACUGUCUGGCUUUACUGUUUGCUGCGAGUUUUCUACCCCGACGGUGUCUUAGGUCAAUUAGGACAAGAACGAAGAAAGAGAGAAAGAGAAAGGGAAAAACCAGAAAAAUUUUCGAACAAAAAAAGAAAUAAGAGGAAGGGGAAACGAUAGAUCUUCUGAAGAAGAAUGGAACAUUCAUCACCGUUGGCUGCUAUGCAGCCUCCGUCGGUCCUCUUUGGACACUGUUUUCGCUCGGAUGUACCAACAUCCUAUGGCUCCUUUGGUCCCAGGUCUGGGCUGAAACCUCCUAGUUUCAAUUUCAAAGACCUGUCCAUGAAGAAGUCCCAUGGUGACUAUUUUAACGUGAAACCGGUCCGUGGUUCGUCGCCCACGGCGAGUUUAGCGGCAGAUCUUUCUCAAAAUUUUCAUAUCGAUCAAAGUCCGCAAUUGGCAACACCCCGGCGGUCUUUGUUCGCCUCGAACCUGUUCGGCCAUGGAAAUGAAGACAGCAUGACAACCCCUCCUCUUCCGUCCUCCUCGCCUGCCCCUGGCCUUGACAUCAUGGAAAUGUCGCCUUUGCCGCAUAAACCCCCAUUCUGCAUGACAAACGAGAUCGAGAUCAUUACGCCAGGCACGGACGACUCGCCUAUGCCCAGCCCGUUAGAGGAUUCGCCCUCUGUGCCCCCCAAGGAUGCUCAGCCCGAGAGACGGCGUCCGACGUUCCUGCGGCCCAGCCUCGCCAAAAGCAAAGCCCAGUCCUUUCAAUUGGGCAUGACGAAGCCCGCCCCGGAGAGCCAGGCACCCCCGUUUCGAUUCCAGAGCAAAGGCAGCAAGACCUCCUUGAGCACGUCGGCGUCGUUGGAGGAUAUGUUCAACGAAUCCCCCCAGCGUGAGCGACCUAUGUUGAGGAACCAUUCGUCGAGCGGUCUGGUCAACCCGCGGUUGCGUCCGCCCUUGGUGGCUAGUAACAGCGGCAGCCAUGUUCGUGGAAACGGAUCGCCCUCAGCCGCGUCCAUUCGCAAGAGUUCCCACCCCCUGAUGCGCCCUCGUAAACAGUGCAGGCGAUCGUUGAGUAUGUAUGAGCAUCCAGAGGAUGUAGUUGUCGAAAAAGAGGCCAAUUUUACAUCAAAUGCACCACUUCAGUCGAUUUGCGACAUUGAAGCUACCCCGAGCCUCCACCUACCUCAUGUCAUCCAUGAGGAUCAAGGAGACUCUCUGCCCCGUAUCGACAAAACCGUUCUCUUGGAGCUCAUGGAUGGGAAAUUCAACGAUCAGUUCGACAACAUCCUGGUUAUCGACUGCCGAUUUGAGUACGAGUAUGAGGGCGGACACAUCAACGGCGCUGUGAACUACAACGACAAGGAAAACCUGGCGGCGGAGCUUUUUGCCAGCCCCAAACCGAGGACGGCGCUGAUUCUGCACUGCGAAUAUUCCGCCCACCGAGCUCCCAUCAUGGCCAAGUACAUUCGCCAUCGGGAUCGCGCCUUCAACAUUGACCAAUACCCCCAGCUGACUUAUCCGGACCUGUACAUCCUGGAAGGAGGUUACAGUUCAUUCUUUGCCGAGCAUCGAACCUUUUGUUAUCCUCAGAACUACGUUGAAAUGUCCGCCAAGGAGCACGAAUUUGCUUGUGAGCGUGGCCUUGGAAAAGUCAAGCAACGGUCCAAGCUUAACCGAGCUCAAACCUUUGCCUUUGGACAGAUUUCGCCCGGAAUGGAGGACAGCCCCACUGGGAGAUGCCGCAACAACCCCGGCGAUCGUGGUCGAUUCCUUGGAUCUCCCUUCGCAGAGAGCCCGGGGUCUGCUCGAUUCCCCGGGCGCCGUAUGCUGUCGUACUGAAACCUGGACCUUGACCUUCCGGGCUUUCCGACAUUGACUUACACGACAGCUUGAUGACAUGACUUUUUAUCUGAAGCGUUGCGCCUUAGCCACCGCCGAAUCAUCCGGCUCUUUUCUUUUUACAUCAUCUUUCCUCGUUUGACACGCCUUCAGGAUACAUCGAUCAAUUGGACACCGGGUCGGCGAAAACCUAUGAAGCUCUUGGUGUAGCAUGCUUCAUCUACUUGGGCCUUGAAACCGCUAGGUGGACCCCUGGAUCUGCGAUAAUUAAAGACCAGGGGUCCUUCAAGGUCCUGUCCAUUCGCUUGCUUUUCAUUUCCUUAUCUUUCUUCUCGGAUUUUUCUUAUUUUCGGCCGGCGCCAGUGAUAGAACAUUUUGAUUUUUGACGACACGACAAUCUUCUCGAUUUUGAUUACCUGCGGAUUCCUCAAGCCAGGAACCGAUUGUCCACCACCCGACCCACCGGAUUUUCUUCUUCGCCACCAGUUUCGAAUCUUCUUGCUCUUUCAGCGACCAUUCCUUCACAACAUUUCCUUUUCCUAUGUCUUGGACGACUUUCCUACCUGAUUUCUGAUUCGAGUUCGACUCUUCGGUCUGAACAUCCUCAUGAUACCACGCCAUCCGGCAUCUCUUUUUCUCUCUCAAACAUCUUUGGGCUCUUUUUCACCCAUACCGUCUUUUAAUCCAUUCUCCCCGUUUCCUCCUGUACACUUGAGGGAUCAGGUCACACUUCGCCGUACGCAGUACAUAUCCAUGUACGGCUCGUCAUGAAGGCGAUAAUCUCGACAAGCAUGGUGGCUUCCUUGCGAGGCCUUAUCACCCGCGAUCCGAAUAUAUGAAAGGACCGAGUCCGAUCCAUGCGGCUGUACAUACAUACAUAACUCCUGGCAGUCGGUACAUCACUGGCAUAUAAUGGCAUAACCUGGGGAGGAUACGAGGGUCAAAAGAUAGUAAUUUCCUUUGUUGGAAUGAACAAAACUUGAUGACUAUUUCUGUGCACGAUAAAAUGGUAGUCUGGUAAAAGGGGCGUAAACGUUGAACGGAGACGGAUUGUCUCCGGGCAAGUCUCGAGCGGAACGCUCCGAACGGAGAAUCUUGGACCGUCUGCCUGAGGCAGCAUUCCUCUCCGCCUUUGUUCCGCUCCGCCUUUCCAUCCCGCCGCCUUUCUCGAUUUCCCUCCGUCCCACCCGCG